CCGCGUCGCAUGGCUGAGCAGCCAAUUGGGCUGGGAGGCAGGGCGACGGUCAAACACGCCGGACUUUCUUCCCUCACCGAUUGCCGCGUUGCCCCUUCCGCCCGUUGGUUUCCCUGGCUCAGACUCACAAAUGUCGGUUGCAGCAGCUGUAGGUGAUACUCCUUGUAUCCGCGCCCGUAUGUCUUGCUCAAGUGCCUUCUCGGGCGGCGGUGCCAUGGGCCAGCUCGUCAGGGCAAAGGACUGGAGCACCACAAAGCUCGGGCCCUCACAGGACUGGGCUCAGUCACUUAAAACCUCCGUCUCUUUCAUCCUCAACGCUGCCUUCCCUUUCAUUCUCUUCUGGGGCGACCACUACAACGUUAUCUACAACGACCAGUACAUCCCCAUCUUUGGCGGAAAGCACCCGACCGUGCUGGGCCAACCUGGGUACGAGGCGUGGAGUGAAGUUUGGGAUGUCAUUAGGCCCAUGCUCGAAAACGUCCGCGGUGGUACAGCCACCUGGUCAGAGAACCAGUUGCUCGAGUUGACCCGCAAUGGCUACGUGGAAGAGUGCUACUUCACCUGGUCGUACUCGCCGGUUAGGAUUGAGGACGGCACCGUUGGUGGAGUCAUGACGCCCAUCACCGAAACAACGAAAACCGUGUUGAGCGAGCGCAGGCUGAACUUGCUGCGAGAGCUGGCUGCAAGCACUGCUAACACGCAGUCCGAGGACGAAGCUUGCGCCUUAUCGGCACAAAUCUUUGAGCAAAACUGUGCAGACAUUACGUUUGCGCUCAUCUAUAUGCUCGAUGGGAGUGGCAGAAAGCUGAUACUAAAGGGCUUUUCCAACGUCGAGUCUGGUCAUUUGCUGUGCGUUUCUUCAAUCGAUCGCGAGGAACAAGGAUCAUGGCCGGUCGACCAAGUAUUCUCACAGCGGUGUGGGGUGGAAGUCCAUGAGCUGCAGGAAAGGUUUGGCUAUAUCACCGGAGGCGUUUGUGAACACACGCCCACAUCCGGAGCCAUUGUGUUGCCUCUGGAAGCUUCUGCAAACCAGGAACCCAUCGGCCUGGUCGUUUUUGGGAUCAAUCCUAGGAGAGAGCUGGAUUCUGAUUACAAGGAUUUCUUAGAAAUGACGAGGACUCAAGUCGCCACUUCCAUCCUGCGCGGGAGGUCCUUGACCGAAAAGCAACACCGGCUGCAGGCGCUCGCCGAGAUUGAUCGCGCGAAAUCCGUGUUCUUCAGCAAUAUCUCUCAUGAGUACAGGACGCCGUUGUCGCUUAUCUUGGCCCCGGUUGCGGAUCUUUUGGGGGACUCCUCCCUGACUUCCCAACAGUUGGACAAGAUCCGUCUGGUAGAAAGGAAUGCUCAGCGCCUGCACAAGCUUGUGAACUCGGUUUUGGACUUCUCGCAAUUGGAGGCUGGACGCAUGGAAGCUAACUUCCGCCUUACGAACAUAAGCGUUGUCACCGCGAAUGCCGCGUCUAUGUUUAGAUCAGCGAUGGAAAAGGGGAACCUGGAUUACACGGUCGAGACGCCGCCCUUGGGAGAGAUGGUUUAUCUUGACGUUGACAUGUGGGAGAAAAUCGUCUUAAAUCUCCUCAGCAAUGCCUUCAAAUAUACUGUUCAAGGCGGCGUUAAAGUUCGCCUGUAUAAAGACGAAACGGCUGCUUUUUUGGAGGUCGAAGAUACGGGAUGCGGAGUUCCCGACAAUGAAGUUGACCGUUUAUUUGAGCGAUUUCACCGCUGCCACUCCUCGAGCGGCCGAUCGGUGGAGGGCACCGGAAUCGGGCUUUCCUUGACCCACGAGCUUGUCAAGCUUCACGGCGGUGCCAUCACGGCCACAAGCACCCUUGGUGUCGGGACUAAAUUUACGGUUUCUAUACCGCUUGGAAAAGGCCAUAUUUCUUCCUCCCAGAUUACCGCGCAGGAUCAACUGGAUUCCACUGCCCAAUCAUCUGUUGGCCGGGCGUUUAUCCAAGAGAGUGCAAGGUGGAUUACCGAAAACUCGAGUUAUGUUGGCUCCGUCAACGACAAGCCGGACGAAUCCUUCUCGGUUGGCACGUCAGCAAACGAGGACGCCCUCGGAACAGGAUCCUCUGAUCAAGGCCCUUUCAACGAUAACCGCUUGGCGCGGGUGGUGCUGGCAGACGAUAACGCGGAUAUGAGAGAGUAUGUGGGUAGCUUGCUGGCCAAGUUUUGCAUAGUGCAUGUAGCCAACGAUGGCCGUAACGCAUAUGGUGCUAUCAUAGACAAUCCACCCGAUCUCAUUCUCAGCGAUGUCAUGAUGCCACAUAUGAAUGGUUUCGAGUUGCUCCAGAAGAUCCGUGAACACCCUCACUUGAAGAAUAUUCCGUUCGUGCUUCUCAGCGCCCGUGCUGGGGAAGAAGCGAAAGUCGAAGGUUUGCAAGCUGGUGCAGAUGAUUACAUGGUGAAGCCGUUUUCAGCAAAGGAAUUGCGCGCGCGUGUAAGGGCGCACAUUGCGAUUGGCAGGAUGCGCAAGGAAUUAGACCGGCUUGUCAAAGCGCGCACUGCGCAGUUGCAAGAGAGUGCACGUCAAUUCCAGCUCUUAUCCAAUAUCUCGCCGGUAGGCAUCAGCCGCUUGAAUAUGAAGGGCGAGGUGGUUUUCGUGAACAAGGCGUGGUGGAAGAUUGUUGGCCGGGACCCCAACGUCGAUGAUCCAAAUGACUGGCAGCAGUGGGUGAAGCCGGAGACGAUAGCGGACGUUAACGACCUGAUGUCUGACGGCGUGAAGGAGGCUGGUGCGACUGCCCGUCGGGAGACCACCCUUGUCCGUCCCGACGGAACGGAGGUCACAAUCAUUAGCAGCUGCAUCUUUGACGACGGAAGCGGCGAGGAUGGCCAGCCCCACGAAUUUACUGGGGGGGAAACGGAUCUUGAAGCAUACAGCAAGAACGCUGGCUUUUACUUUGCCGCCAUGGAUAUCACGGAGGAGAAAAAGCUUGAGCAGCAGCGGAUCAAUGCUCUACUGGAACUGUCGGAGGAACAGAGACGCAGGGCGGAGGAUGCGGAUGAGAACAGGAGGCAACAGGAAGCAUUUGUGGACACAAUUUGCCAUGAGAUUCGCAAUCCGCUCUCGGGCGUCCGGAAUUGUGCUGAUUUGCUGCAAUUAGGAGUCAAGCGGCUUUGGUCUAUCACUCGAACGGUUCAGUCUGCUGUCAACGCUUGGAAGUCCAUGAGCGGUGCGGAAUACGCUGGGCCUGCGAACGCGUUCAAUGGAAAGAAAAAGUGGUCUGCGCCCGUGGACAUGAACGAUUUCAUGCGAUAUCUGGACGCGUGUGUGAUUCCAGCUAUCAAGAACCAAUUGCUGGAAGAUCAUGAGGCAAUUGAUGCCAUUUCGAUGUGCACGAACCACCAGGAGGUUAUUACAAAUGAUGUCUUGCAACUCUCCAAGUUGAAACAGCACGACAUGCCAUAUAACCCGGUCAUCUGCGCGCCAGAGGUUGUCAUCUCACGCGUGAUGAGGAUGUUCCGAAGUCUUAUGCGCAAGAAACGUAUUGAAUUUGGAUGGCAUCUUUCCAUAAAGACGGAAGGACAAGCUGUGGAAAAAACCUAUUCCGAAUUCAGAAAUGUGGUGGAUGCUGAAUUGGUUUUCUCGGAACCCGACCGUUUGGCACAAAUUAUGUUCAACCUAGUAACCAACGCUAUCAAGUUCACGGAAAAGUCCACAAACGAAAAAAGGAUCACCAUUGCAGUAGAACUCACGAACUCGGUCAUCGAGGAAGAAGUAGAUGCCGCAACCGCAGGGCCUCGUAAACAGCGUAUUACCGACAUAAAAGUUUCGGUGAAGGACACUGGAAUCGGGAUAUCCGACGUGGAGCAGCAAAAGCUCUUUCAACGUUUCAGUCAAGCAUCUGUCAAAACGCACAGCACCUACGGAGGCUCCGGGCUUGGUCUGUCCAUUUGCAGGCAACUCAUUGAUAUGAUGGGGGGCCAGAUUGGUCUGAGCAGCGCCGCAAAUGCGGGUACCGAUGUUUUCUUCAACCUUCGCUGCAAAAGACCAGCGGAACAAGAGAUGCGCGAAUUUCUAAGCGGCGUAGCGGAGAGCGAAGUUGCUGAAUCGCUAUCGGCAUCCUCCUCGUCGACCGCGAGCUCAUUGACUUGCUCGAGCUUGGAUCAUGAAAGGGAUUCUUUAAUGUUAGCAUCGGCCGCGAAUCACACACCAAAUGGAGCUUCUACAUCUGCUUCGCAGCCCUCAAUCGCUGAUAUGUUGGCGCCGCCGAUCUCUAAUGGCGCUGAGUGGCUCGGGAAGCCACCGGCACCCGCGCCGUGUGAUCAACCGAAACGACCCACUCGGCAGCGCAAAGAUCUUCGAUUGGACGAACUUAAAGUUCUCAUAGUAGAGGAUAACAUGAUCAAUCAGAAGGUCCUUCGGAAACAGCUGGACAAGGAGGGUGUUACGACUGAAGUUGCCAACAACGGCCAAGAAGCCAUUGAGCAAUUUAUGAAAGGAAACUUUAACGUUAUUAUCAUGGACGUCGAAAUGCCCCUCAUGAACGGGCUAGAAGCCACGGGCCAUAUCCGCGCGCUCGAAGAGUCGAAUGCAAGUGCUGUGAAAGUGCCGAUUCUGGGACUCUCUGGAAACGCGCGUGACGUGUUUCGGGAAAGGGCGAUAUCUGCUGGUAUGAACCGCUACCUGGUAAAACCUUACUCGAAGGUGGUUUUGUUCGAAAAUCUCGUAGAGUUAGCAAAUAGCCCGCCGUCAAUGUAGGCCAUUCAUCAUACUUGAUUGUGGACACGGAGUGUGGGAUCUCUUCAGAUCUACAUAGGUUUUGCAAUAGCAUCAUUCACUGUGGGAUGGGUUAGGGGUUAGGGUCAUUUUCGAACCCUCAUAUCGCGCGUAACCUGACUUGUUAUUUGUACAGUACAUAUUUUUGUGGGUCUUUGAAAAUCAGCCGAUA